CAGACACCAACCCCACCCCGCGCAUCCGCCUGUCUUAGCCAUGGCGGCGCCGCCCCGCGGCUCAGGAGCAGCGAAGAACGGCGACAGCGACUGGGUCAGCGCUUCCGCGGAUGUCUCCAUGCAGAACGAGAAGCUCUACAACCGCCAGCGUAUGGACACCUUCCACACCCCCAGCAAGCUGGUGCGCGGAGGCUCUCCGGAGCAGCGGUCCCCUACCCCCACCGAGCGCCCAACCUCCACCCCUCUCAGCUUCGACGGCAGGGACGAACGCCAAUACGGGCAUCGCCUGGUGGACCUCGUGAACAACUGGAACGAGGACACCCGGCGAAUGCUGCGCGAGGAGCUGGCCACCAGCCUGGAGCCGAAGCCAGUGGUUUCUCCUCAGAGCGCCGACAGCGGCGGAACGUCGGACCUUGACGCGAAACAGAUGCUGCAGCAGGUCCUCGCAGAGGUGAGGAGCUUGCAGCCACCGGGCUGCGAUCACUGCGGCGCCCUGGGACGGGUGGCCAUUGCGCAGGAGGACCUCUCAGAGAUAGUGCGGGGCCACCUGCUGAUGGAGCGAGCCUCCAGUCGCAACUCCAACUCCCCAUCAGAGACGGAGGUGCUGCAGAAGCUGUUGACGGAGCUCACCGCGGCCUUUGGGGAGAUGCAGCAGGCCCUCAAAGGGAGUGCUGCGCUGGUAGAGGAGGUGCGGCACAGAGAGGAAAGGAAGGAGCCGGAGAAUCAGCAGCAUCCGGUCGGCAACUCCUUGAACCUGGACUUUCUGGCGCAGGACUUGCGGCAGAUCAAGGAAUUGUUGGGCACCAGCAAUGCCUCUGGCGCCUCCCUGGCGAAAGAUAUCCAGCAGCUGAAGGAGAGCGUGACUUUAGUGCAGCAGAAGGCGGAGGAGGACUCUCAGAGCCUUUUGAAGCAUGUGGAGCGCUUGAGCGACAUCGUUACCGCCAGCACCGCACAGGACGAGGAGUCCUUGGAGUCCCAGCGGCACAAGAGCGUCCAGGAUACGCUGCAUCAGGUCACUGAGCUGCUGAGUGUGGACCACGGCCGCGCGGAGAAGGAGGCGCUGCUGGUGAGGCAGUCCGUGACGGUGCUCGAGGCGGAGGUCCAACACUUCAAGGAUUCAAUUGCGGCGGCCGUGCAGCAGUCCAACCAGGAGUUGGUCGACCGGCUCAGCACGGUGGAGCGGUCGCUCACUGAGACCCACCGGGACACAGAGCAGAAGGCUGCUGCUCGCCUGGAAAUGGCGCACGAGAAAGUGGACACCAUCCACCAAAAAGCUGAGCACCACGCUGCGGCCGUCGCCGACAUCAAGCAGGAGGUGCUGACGGUGCGCGACUCCGUGGCCUUCUGCCAGGAGCGGCUCAACAAGGCGCCGCGCCAGACAGACCUCACGGAGGCGGUUCGCCGCACCUUCGAGGAGAUGUCCAAAGAGUUCCACGCGGAAUGCGCCCAGCUCUACAUGAAGCCCAGCUUCCAGGUGAAGUUUCCGGAGUCGCUGAACCAGGACCUCCAAGAGAUCAAGCAGGGCAUCGAGGCAGAGAAGUGCGGGCGCGAGGAGACCGCUGCGGCCUCCACAGUGGAGCUGGGACGAUUGGAGCAAGAGAUUCAGAAGACCGGGCAGGGGCUGCAGGUCCUGGAGGGCGCGGUGAAGCUGCAGGCCUCGGAGCUGCAGCACCUCCAAGACGUCUUCGCCAUGCUGGAAGGCAACUUCCUGCAGACCUUGCGGCAGCAGCUGGACCGGGCCGCGGCGGCAUUCAGCAGCACCACCGCGCAGUUCAAGAGCUCCUUCCAGAAGGAGCUGCAAGGCCUCAAGGACUCCGCGGAUCCCGCGGCGAACAGUGCGCCAGCGGAGCUGGAGAGGCCUGGCGGCACAGCCAUCGAGGUCUUCUGCGUGUGCAUCACUGUCUUGGAAUUUUUGCUGCACAUGGCCAGCGCCUUUUUGGAGCUGCAGUCCCAGGAGCGGUUCUUCCCAGCGCUGGCGGUGGUCAUAGGCCCUUGCUUGCUGAAUUCUGUGACCAUUCUGCUCUUUGUGUCCUUCUUGGGCGAGACCUUUCACAGGUGGUUGCAGAGCAACUCGCGGCAGCGAGUGCUGAUGCUGGCGGUGGUGAGGUGCGAGUGGCUGAGGGCCUUCGGCUUCCUGGCGCCGUUCCUGGCGUCGGCGCAGAGCCCCUGGCAGCGCCGGCGCUGCGAGGAGCUGAGCCGCGCCAAGGCGCGGCAGCUGCAGCGCGAAUGCGACGAGCUGAAGCUGGCGGUGCGUGCGGAGCGGCAGCGCUGCCGCAAGGAGCUGAAGGAGCGCCAAGAGCGCCAAGCGCGUCUCACGGAAAAGAGCGGUCCCGCUGCAGCGGCGCCGGUGGUCUCUGAGGCACGGGACUUGGAGGACCUUCCGAUGCCGGAAGUGCCCAUCUUCUCGGAGCCCAUGCACGGCAUGGCGCCAGGGGACGCUUCCGGCGAAGGCUUCGGCGCCAUACAGCCACAGGACCCUCAGAUGCAGAGGCUUGCGACCGCGCCUGUGCGAGGAAACCAAACGGCUCUGCGGAACCGGCAGUGGGAUGACUGGCUGAGGGACCAGAAGAAGCAGGAGGCGCGGAUGGACUUGGAGCCAUCCGAAGGCGGGCGGAAGUCCGAUCUGCGCGGAGGUGUCGGCCAGGUCUAUGGUGUGCUUCCGGAAGCCAAAGGCGAACGCGUGGACCCGGCCAAGCUGCCCCACGGGUGUCUUCUCUGCGGCAUCGCACCGCAGAGCGCGGAACAGGAGAGCGUGUCGCAGUUCAAGAAAGUGCUGUGCCUUGCCACGCUGGCCUCCGCGCUCUAUGCGGACCUGCCCAAGGUGGUGGUAGCUGCCUGGCUUCUGAGCUCCGACUCUCGCACGGAGUCCCUGGUGCUGCGCAGUGCCAUCCUGACCAUCUCUGGCUUGUACAUCCUGUGGGCGUUGGCUAUGUGCUUGAUGACGGUGCUCGAGAGACGCCUGAGACGCCUGCGCGGAGAUGCCAGCCACGCCGUUGCAGGCAUCAGCCUCAGGGGCGCCUCCGUAGAGGCGUUCCAGCGGCGGCUCCUGGUCACCUGGCAAUCUCCAACGGCUUCCUUCGCAGAGGGCCCCCUACCGGACGAGAUCCUGUGCGCGGUGCAGCCGUUGGGCCAAAGCAAGCCCAGCAUGCUGCAGCGCGUGCCGGUUUCUGGAAAGCAAGGAGGAGGCGCUGGGUUCCUGGACCUGGCCCCAGACUGCGCCUACGUGGUGCUGCUGGCGCCGGCCAAGAGCGGCCUGCUGCUCGGCAGGCCGCUGCGGAUCAGCUGCCGCACACUGCCGGCCUCGGAUCCUGCGAGCUUCUCCCUGAGGAAUCUGGGCCCUACUUGGGCGGAAGUGGCCUGGUCCGGCGGCGCUUCCGAGCUGCUGCUGGAGCUGAAAGAGGGCGGCGCCGACGUCGGCCGCCGGGAGUUGGUCCUGGGCCCGGUGCACUGCCUCUGGGGCUUGCGGCCCAACACCCAGUACGAGGUGGCCCUUGGCCUGGUGGACGCCGAGCCGAGCCUCCAGCUGAGCUUCGUGACACCUUCAGAGGACCAGGCGGACACCACGCUGAGCUCGCUGACCGCGGUGCUCAAAGACCUGGGGAAGAUCAAAACGACGGUGAGUAGCUUGGAGGCGGCCGGCGCCAGUGCGGAGCUGGUGAGGCAGCUGGGGAGCGUCCAGGAACGCUGGGCGUCUCUGCAAGUGUCGUGUCUGGCGGCGGAAGUGCAGAAAGUCAAGGACUGCAACUCGGAGCUCAAGGAGGACCUCCGGCUGCAGCUCGUGCCACUGUUGCAAGAGCUUCAGAGGGUGCAACGUGCCUUACAGGCGAUCUGAAGUCGGCACGGCCGAGUCGGAGCGUCACAGAGCGCGCGAGAUGGCUCGCGCGCGAUGUCCCAGUUACAAGAAAGUGGCGCCUUGUUGGGCGUGUGCUUUUUAGGGGGCA